AAAAAUAUGGUUUCUGUGUAAUUAUUUCAGGUCUGAGCAGCCGGGAACAAACAAGUGACCUCUUACAAUGGUCCCUGAAGAGGUCAGAAGGACUGUCCACCCUUGCUUCCCCACUCAGUGGAAGUCAUUGUCAUCCUUGUCCCCUCUCUAUCACUCCCAUCUCUGCCUCUGGGGUCACAUGGCCUUGACCCUGAAUCAGCAUCCCGUAUCCCUGUGCUUUUACCUUAGAGAAACACUUGUGAUUGGAUCUGAAGGCCAUAGACAAUGCAGGAUGGUCCCCGGUGGGCAAAGUCCUUCACUUAGUCACACCAAGACCAUUAACAGAAGAAAGGAAACUUUUAUAGGUCCCAGGCAAAGGGGCCUUGAGUUUCUUUGGGCUAAGCUGGCCUGUGGCCAUCUCUCCAGGAUGAUUGCCUGUCUGAACCAGCCUCCUUAAUAAUCUUUAUUUUCUUCCUCCUGGACAUAUCAUGGGUCUCCUUGUACACACCAAGAAGGUUUAGAUACCCGUAACUUCUUACUGUCCCGAAAAAGGCUGCACAGAUGGUGAAAUAUUACAUGCCACGAGACAACAUCUAAAGCAGGUAUUCACCGCAUACUAAGGACUCUUAAUUAAACAAUUUAUAAACAAACAGAAACAAUUCCAAUUUUAGAAUAUAAGAUCCUACUCAAUAACAAAGAGAGAACUGCGUAUAAAAAUUGCAGCGUGCUUAACCCUACACAGGCCAUUUACACCACUCUCCAUUCCUUAGGCUCAGGAAUCAUUGCAGAAGGAAGAGUGGAAAGAAUGUAAGAGCCAGAGCAGUGGAUGACUACAAGCAAGCAGCAUCCUCGGCUCACACCAGAGCUAUUGCACAUAUGAACUCAUAGUAGUUGUGAUAGCAUGCAUAAGACUUGUGCAACCUCAAGUCAGACCAGUUCCCAGCUGGAGAGGAGAGCAGGUGGAGAAGUCCCCAGUGCCAGCAAUCCUGAAGACAGCUGCAUCAGUGUGUGGAGAGUCUGAGGCGCCUGCAUGGCAGGCAGCACAGGAGGGGACCAGGUUCCCUUAUGUCGAGCUCUGCAAUGCCCAUGGCUCACUGUGUGCUUCCUGGAGAAGUGAGAGGGCAAACACAACAGAGAUCUCCUCCUAGGGGAGACCCGCCUCGGUGCUGGAGGAAGUUCCUCAGAACUUGCUCUUUAACAUUCUCUAUUCCUCCCUCCCUUCCUUUAUUCCAUCCUCCCUUCUUUACUCCCUCCAUCCACCCAUCAUUCUCCCCUUUCUUUUUGUGUACAUGUGUGUGCAUAUGUCUGUGAAUCACACACGUGGUGUCCAUGCACAAGUGUGGGUGUGAGGGCCAAGGUUGAUGUCUUCCUAAACUACUCUCUGCCUCAUUAAAAUAUUUUUAAGAUUUAUUAUUUUAUCUUAUGUGUAUGAGUGCAUAAGUUGCCUGGGUGUAAAUGUGUAUAGGCCAGAAGAGGAUGUCAAAUCCCUUGGAACUGGAGUUAUGCAUGACUGUGAGAUAACACAUGGGUGCUGGGAAUUAAUCCUGGGUCCUCUGCAAGAGUAGUAAGUGCUUUAAACCGCUGAGCCACCUCUCCAGUUCCUCCACUCCGUUUUUGAGACAGGAUGUCUCACCGAAUCUGCAGAUGACCAAUUCGGGUAGAAUGAGUGGCAGACAUGUGCUAGGAAUCCUCCUGGCUCUGUCUUCCCAACCCCGGGAUUACGGGCAUGCAAUGUCACGCCCAGAUUUUUACGUACAUGUUGUGAAUCUAAAUUUAGUUCCUCAUCCUUGUGCGACAAAACCUCUCACAGAGCUGCCUCCAUCACUCUCCUCUGUUCCUCUCUGUCCGGUUCUCUCUGGCCUCUUGGCUGUCUGACUGCUGGGUUUUCAUGUGUUCUCUGCAGACAGGAAGACUCAGGCCACCUGCAGUCUUUGGUUCCUCUUCUACGAGCCACAAUCUGUUGAUUUUCUGCAGCUUUCUCAGUUUCUAGAAAGCUGUGCCUGUGUCUCUCUCCAUUUGCUCACUGGCAGCCAUCCAAGGACAUCGUCGGGAUGCCGCUGCCCCGACUGCUGUUUCUGCUCUGGGUCUGCGAGUGGGCACCUGGAAAACACUUUCCUCUCCCUACGGUGUCCAUGUUUACCUACGAGACAUAUAAGCUGGAACUGAAGUCCAGCGUAGUGAAAGUGCAGGAGGGUCUGUGUGUCCUCGUGCCCUGCACAUUCUUUGAACAUUCCGGGAACCGAAGCUCAGACAAGGUCUUUGGCUACUGGUUCAGAGCAGGGGCGAAUACAGACCAUGAUUCGCCUGUGGCUACAAACAACCUAAAUCAACUGGUGAAGAAUCAGGGCCAGUUCCAUCUCUCCGGGGACCCAAGGAACAACGAUUGCUCGCUGGACAUCAGAGAUGUGCAGAGGACCGACAGCGGUUCUUACUUUUUCAGGAUUGAAAAAGACUCCUUCAAGUGGAAUUACUACAAGAAUCAGCUCUCUGUGCAGGUGACAGCCCUCACGCACACCCCCAACAUCGACAUUCCACAAAUGCUGGAGCUUGGCGUUCCUAGCAAUGUGACGUGCUCUGUGCCCUGGGCCUGUGAGCGGGGGACGCCUCCUAUCUUCUCCUGGAUGACAACUGUCCUCGCAUCCCUGGGCCCCAGGACUACCCUCUCCUCAGUGCUGACCCUCACACCCAGGUUCCAGGACCAUGGCACCAACCUCAUCUGCCAAGUGGCCUUCCCUGGAGUCGGUGUGACUGUUCAAAAGACUGUCCAGAUCAGUGUCUCCUGGAUAUCAGGGCCCCUGGCAGAGGUGGUUCUCGUGGCCAUCGGGGAGGCGACUAUCAAAUUCCUGCUUCUUGGGUUCUGCUUCUUCUUCCUCAGCAUAAAAUCCCAGAGGAAGAAAGUAGAGAGGCCAGCAACACAGGUGGACCACGCGGAAACUGCCAUGGGCUAGUCUCUCAGGUAGCCAGCAUUACACAACGGAUUCACCACACCCAGGUCAAGCAAGUAGAAGCCAUGGAUGAUGAUGCCAACUGGAUUGUCUCUGGACUAUGGACACAUUAAAGGUUUCAUUGGGCCCCAGGCCUUUUCACUCCCUGCCUCUCUACCUCCUCCUGAGUCUUAUGCUUUGUUCUAUGGGUAUGAAGGGUAUGAGUAUAGAGUUAUGGUCUGACCCCCACGGACCUCAGGUAUGGACCUAGGACUGAGAAAGACAGAUACAGGAUAUGUCUUGGCUAGUUGACUAUAGGCCAGCAAACUAUAUUCAUCUUGACCUUUGCUCGCUGAUCCCCACUUUAUUGAAUUGAAUUGGUUGUAUUGAAACAAAGCAAAGAUAUGGGGGAUUAUCUUUUGAGAUAGAAAUACUGAGUUUACAAUUCUAUGCAUGCCCUAAGGCUGGGCCCCUUAGAUGCCAGGAACAAAGGUUUUUCCAAUUCAAAAACUGUAGUUAGAAAAACCUGAAAAAUCCUUUUAAAAGAUUCUGGUCUUUGGAAAACUUGGGGGAUCACUCUAUACCAUAGGAAGGGACCCUGGGAAUAGAGUUAUUCAUUCCCAGCCAGAAAUCAGCCAGGAUUGCUAGUUAUGCUUAGAUACCCAGCUCCCAUACUACAUAGGAACUAACCAGCCUGUCAGCUUAUUGAAUGACAACUCACUGUGACUGGGGACCACCCAAAUUAUGGGGACUUACAAGAGACUAAAACUUAUCUACUAUUCCUGAAUCUUUAACCUAGGCAAUUUCCUUUAUUCUGACACCUGCUAUUCAGCCUUGUGGGUUAACACAUCCGGACACCAAGCCCCUGAGACUAAUUGGUAGGCACAUACCAAUGAUUUGACUAAAUGUGCCCCUUCUAAUGCUUUCCAAACUAAGUGACAGGUUGAUCAGGAUCUAGAGGUUUUAAACAGCUCUGUUUCUGGACUAAAGCUACAGUAAUAUACAGUUAGAUACUGAAAUGGUCCUAAAACACUGGAAGGGCUUCGGCUUACUGUUCCUAAGAUAAAGGCAACAAUAAAUAGCUUUGGAAGAAACCUGUUGUUCCUAUGCUAAUUAAUCAGGAAUAAUUAGGAAAAAAUCUCACUGUGGCUAGAGAGGAAAAAGACUCAAAAAGAGAAGAGACACAGACAAAAACCAAAUAAUUGACACAAGUCUGUUCUCCUGGUUUGCCCCCCACCCCCACAGCAGCUCUCCACUCUCAGCACUGGCUGGGUCUCUACUUCUGAUUGGAUUAACACAGGGGCCCUGCAUCUUAAACUAAAAUAGUAUGAGUUCACACUUUGACUGAUUCAUUAAGACUGCUGGAGAAUGUGACAGGGCCCCAGACCUUACCACAGCUGAUUUCUUGAGGAGUACCACUCAGGCCGUAAAAUUCAGCAUUGUCAGUACCACUGACCAAAACAAAAAUAAAUACCUAGUCUAUCCAAGUCCAUGCCUUUUGGCUUCUGUAAUUUUGCUUCUGCUAAUUCUUGUUAGCCAGAGUGUGCCAACCCAGACCAGUAUGUCUGUGCUUCAAAGCUCACACUGGAGAAAGUUCAGUGUUACACUGGGAUUGCAAAUACCCAGGGUACCUGCCAGCCAGCUAAUAAAGAUUUUCUAUUAGCUUAAACCCAUGCCCAAGCAGUCUUCUCUGGUGGAUACCCCACAAUACCUUCGUGUCUUCCUAGUACCGGCUCCAGGAUGUACUUGUGGAUGCAGCUGUCACCCUCUCCCUCCAUGGUCUGAGUACUUUGUGUUCUUGCCAUGGAUAGAGACUGAAAACCAUGACAGCUUGCACUGGGGGCCUCAUGGUGUCUUCACCCUGAGCUCCCCCAUCCUUCAUGAUGAUCCUGUCACCCUGCCUACCCUCCUGCACCAGAGACUGUGCCUGUGCUGGGCCCACUCCUCAAUACCCUUCCACCUUCCUCAGGCUCGGCCUGCAUGGUGUGGGAGGUUCUUCUGCUAUGUGUUGCUUUUAUUGGUUAAUGAAUAAAGAAACUGCUUUGAAUCUAUAGCAGGGCAGAACAGAACUAGGCAGUGAAAACUAAACUGAAUGCUGGAGAAAAAAGGCAGAGUUGUGAGAUGCCAUGUAGUUAUCAGAAGAAAAAGACACCAGCUGACAGCUGGAACCUUACCAGUAGUCUAUGAGCCUCAUAGUAAAAUAUGAAAUAAUAGAAAUGGAUUAAUUUUAGAUAUAACAGCUAGCUAGCAAUUCACUCAAGCUAUUGGCCAAACAGUAUUGCAAAUAAUAAAGUUUCUGAGUGAUUAUUUCAGGCAUAAGCUGCCAUGAAUGAACGAGAAGCCUCUGCCUAUGUCUGUGUGUCACUUUGGGUGAUGAGGGCUUGUGAUGCACACAGGGCUCUGUGUAGGAGUGACACCAGACACUAACUGUGCACUUUCUUGGUGAAUAAUACUGAGUUCCUUCCAGGAACUAGCACUUUUGUAAGGGCUAGAGAUGCACCACCAUUUCUGUCAGGAAGAAAUUGUCAAACUCAUUAUCAUAACUGGAAUGAAAAAGUAAACACAACUAAUUAGGACAAAUCAGGGGAUGAUGGGUGAAGUUCAGAAAAAUCAUGCAGGAGAGGGCCUGGUGACUGGGGUCAGUCUUCUAAUCUGAAGGCAUCAGGGGUGAUUGCAGGACUAAAGAUGUCUGGUGCAUUUCCUGGAGGGAAGUGCACCAGGGGGAAAGACAGUGCAAUGGCUUAGAGGCAGAAACAGCUUGCUUAGCUCAACAGGUUGUGUGGGGACCUGCGUUUGGUUCAUCAUGUCACCCAUAGAAAAAGAUGGUUGUUCAGAGCAGAGAAUGGCAGGAUGCCAUACGAAAGGACUUCAGGGUGAGGCAAGAAUGUAAAGCCCUUGAUGAGAACAAAGAUAUAUGCAUUUUCACCUUAAUAGGCUUCUAUGGCUGCCCUGAUGAGAACCACACAAGGCAGAUUGUCUUAGGGUUCCUAUUGCUGUGAAGAGACAUCAUGAUCGUGGCAAUUCUUAUAAAGAAAACAGUGAAUUGGGGUGGCUUGCUUACUGUUCAGAGGUUUCAUGAUGGGGCACGUAGGGGUGUGAUAGCAAACGUGGUCCUGGCUACAUCUUGAUCAGAAGGCAGCAAGAAGUUGACUGACAUCGGGUGAUAGCCUGAGUAUAUGAAAUCCCAAAGUCUACCCCCACAAUGACACACUUCCUCCCACAAGGCCACACCCACUCCAACAAAGUCACACCUCCUAAUAUGAGAUUGUGGGAUUAUGGGAUUAUGGGGGCCACACAAACUACCACACAGAUCCUAGGGCUGCAAAGAGAAGGGUAUGUCCAUAGGUUUUUCA